AUGACGACCCAGCCUUCUAGUCUCAAGACCAUCUUCGUAGUCAGUGGCCCAGCAGGCUCUGGGAAGACCACGGUUGCGACCUACCUCUCCAAGGAGCUCGCAGUUCCGUAUCUCGAGGGAGAUGACUACCAUACCGCGGGCAACAAAGUGAAGAUGGGUAGUGGCAUACCACUCACUGAUGACGACCGAUGGGACUGGCUCAUUGCCCUCCGUACCGCAGCGACGGACAAGCUACAAAAGUUCAGGGCCAUUGUUGUCACUUGCUCGUCGUUGCGACGCAGAUAUCGCGAUGUCUUUAGGGUCGUGUCGUACGCCUCCCCGAGUGUACAGGUGUACUUCAUCUAUCUCAAGGUCGACCAGGAGCAUCUGAAAGCAAGAAUCGCGGGGCGUGUAGGUCAUUACAUGAAGGAGAACAUGCUACACAGCCAGCUAGAAUGUCUUGAAGAGCCCGCUCUGGAUGAACUUGAUGUGGUCAAGAUUGACGAGCAGGAGGACCAGGCGGCCAUUUGCAAAGAAACCUUAGCUCAGGUCCGAGCAAUAUUAGAUGCGACCGACAACACAAAAUGA